AAAUAGAUAACGAACAAAAUUCGGAUUCAGCUACGUUCUUGUUUGCCACAAAUAUACGGGAAUUACAUGAUUUAUUGCGCAUUUCCACACGCACACAUGUACGCGCUCCUCACGUCAGUCGACUAAUCAAUCACUCAAUCGAGACACACGCACACACACACACACACACCCGCCCAUUUCGGUUCUACAUCAAUUCAGUUUGUGAUUGUCGCUUGAGGAGAGCAUAACGCCGGUCGUCUGACUCGCCAGGUGGUGGAAAUAAGUUAAUACAUAUAUAUGCACGUCCAGAUCCAGAGCAACUACAACAAUCGGUGGGAGCAUGUGAGGUGUUUGCCAACACUGCACGCUCCAAGUGGCAACUCUGGCGAACUGUAAACAACAACAGCUGCUUGACUCGAAACAACAAAAAAGAUGGCAACUGCUCUUCCAGAUCGCUUUAGUGCGGGCAAACGGCAGUUCUGGCGCGAGUUUCUGGCCCUAUAUCAGGGCAUGCCGGAGCUGUGGGACGUCCACCAUGUCAAUUAUAGAAACAAGGAGCUGCGGAACCGAGCCUACGAGCUGCUGGAGAGGAAACUACGCGAGAUCCAGCCGAAUGCCACGCGCACCGAAGUGGGGAGGCGCAUCAACAUAUUCCGUACCAAUUACAGACGCGAGCAGAUGCGAAUCCUCAAGCAAAAGGAGCUGGGUCUGCACUCCGACCUCUGCAAACCGACUCUCUGGUUCUACGACUACAUGGGUUUCCUCCUGACCCAGGAGACCUUCCAGCACAGGACCCGAAAAGGUCGUGGCGGCAGACAAAAGCCCGAGUUUGGCAGGGAAAAGAACGACAAAUACAACUCGAAGAACACAGAUCUCAACACGGACAGCGUUUGUGAUUGGCCGACGAGAGAUGACAACGCUUUCAACUACCAGUCCGAACCCACGGCGCCACAAUCCGAAGAGGGUUCCCUGCUGAGUCCAAAAGUGGAGAUCAUAGAGCCGGAAGAAGGGCACUGUGAUGUCAAACAGGAAACGUGUUUGGAAACUUCAUUGGACCCGAAGGAACCCACAUCCUCGAUCCAAACAGAUCCCGAAAAUGAGCGAGGAACUGCACCCAUGAAACUCAGCGAGUCCUCCGAAGCACUGGCCAGAUCCUGGGCCAUCCAGUACGAGGAAAUGUCGCCCACGCAACGGAUUCUGGCCCGAAAGGCCAUCGCGGACAUCCUGUUCGAGGGAUGCAUGGGCAACCUGCGAAUAAACCGUGGUGAACAGCAGAGCACCGUGGGAAAUCACUUCUGAAUUCUAUAUUAACACUACCAAGUCAUUGGAUAUUCCUGCAUUUGUUACUCUACGACAUUUGAAGCAUUUCAUAUAACUAUCACAAUUGAAGUUUUCGAAAACUCAGAACUAAGCACUAAAGGCUCUAAAGAGAGUUCGAAACCACUCAGGCCAUAAUAACGAUGAAGGAGGCAUUGCAAACUAGAGGGUAAUAUAGGUACAACAAAUACAUUUAAGAUUUAAAAGUGAAUACAGCUUAAAUAUAUCAACCAAACAGAAUUAAUAUGUUUCUGUACAAAAGA